ACACGUGACUGUGAAAGGAUACCGCCAUUUCCAACCAAGCAAAAAAUUCUCUGAAAACCAGAAAGCGAAAUUGAAAAGCAAUGAUGAGAUCCUACAGUGCCAUCAGUUCGUCGCAGCUCACAUAUUUCUCAAGCGGAGGAGUUUUGCCCUUCUCACGGAAUCGAAUUUCAUUUGCAAAGAAAGUAGUCUUUUGCCAUACAAAAUGUGCUGAUUCGGGAAUAGACGGUUCUUUAAGCUCAAGAGUGUUGCCGCCAUCCUUGUUAGCAGCAGAAAAAGAAGAAGCCAAGGCUAUUUUAACCUUGUUCUUGAAGAAACAAGGUUUGAGCAAUGCAGUUUCCUCGAGAACCAUCAACAAGUCAGACCUUUUUAUUGACCAUCUUGUCUCAAGGCUGCAUUAUAUUCAUAAAACUCGGUAUCUAGUAGGUAGAGAGCUUACAACUCUUGAGAUAAGGGACUCUCUUAUCCCCUACCUUGAAUCACUUCUAAAAGAGCAUGGAAACGUUCUGAUGGAUGUGGUUGAAAACUUUUCAGAGUCCCCUGUUAAAGAAAAAUCACCUUCACCUGUUUCUUCACCUCCUUCAACCCUCAACUCCAAGAAACUGAAAGCUGUUUCUCGGGUUAGUAAGUUAGGCACAGUUGGAGAGUUCCCUCCUCUUGUUCUAUACCUUAUAGAGCUUGGCAUGGAUCUAGAGCAAAUCAAAGGAAUUACACGAAGAUUUCCUGCUUUUGCCUAUUACAGCUUAGAGAGGAAGAUAAAACCAACUGUUGAGUUCUUUCUUGAUCUUGGGAUACCUAAAUCAGACAUCUCCACUGUCCUCAUUAAAAGGCCUCAAUUAUGUGGUAUCAGUCUCUCAGAAAACCUUAUACCCAUGAUGGCAUUUUUAGAAAACUUGGGUGUAGAGAAGGGUCAAUGGGCAAAGGUAAUAUACCGUUUUCCUGCACUGCUCACUUACAGCAGGCAGAAGGUUAAGGCAACAGUAGAUUUCCUCUCUGAGAUGGGUCUCUCACCGGAGAGCAUAGGCAAGGUUUUAACACGCUUCCCAAACAUUAUAAGUUAUAGUGUGGAGGAGAAGUUACGGCCCACAGCUGAGUAUUUCCUUUCACUGGGAGCUGAUGUGGCGGUUCUGCUUUACCGAUGUCCGCAGACAUUUGGUCUUAGUAUUGAGGCCAAUUUAAAGCCUGUGACACAGUUUUUCUUGGAGAAGGGAUAUAGCACAUUGGAAGUAGCAACCAUGGCUUCAAGAUAUGCAGCUCUCUAUACUUUCAGCUUGGCGGGAAAUUUGGUACCAAAAUGGGAGUUCUUUCUGACCAUGGAAUAUACAAAACCAGAACUAGUUAAAUUCCCUCAAUAUUUUGGUUACAGUUUGGAAGAGAGGAUUAAGCCAAGGUAUGCGCGUGUAAAAGACUGUGGUGUUAAAUUACACUUGAACCAGGUUUUAGUAGUGUCGGAAGCUGAUUUUGAUACGCUUGUCAAAAAGAAAAUGAAGAAAAGGCUUUCUAAGGAAGGCUCCAAAUGAUCGUCAUGCUCUGCCAAUGCCCAAACAAAGAUAGGCAUGUCUCUGGUGAUCCUCAAUUGAGAAUCGGAAUGUGCAAUGCUUGUAAAUCUUUUGACAGUUUAGGUGUCAUCGUAAGAGAGGAUCGGUAAUACUAUUUUCUGGUCAGAUGCAAAGUUGAUGACUUUCCUAUGCAUUGGGCGAUGCACAUUGUUUAAAGAAAUAUGAAGCACAGCCAGAGAUGCUACUGCAUUGCUGAAUUUGUCCUUGCUGCUCUUUGAUGGAGCUUUAGUCGCGUCAUUUGCCAAGGAGGGUAUUCCAUUCCUAAGGUCCGUACAUAUUUCACUGGUCAAAGGUUUUUGAUCAUCUGCGUUGAUCUUCCACAGUUUCUCUGUAGUAUUGUAAUUUGUGAUUUCACUCAACUCCUUUGUAAACAUUGCAUUUGAUGAUGGAAUAAAAAAUUCCGUACUUUGUAAGGUACAAGCAAGGAUUUAAUCUCGAGAUAUAAUCUAAUCGAUUAUUCAGUAUAA